AUGCAUCCGUGGUACAAGUCGGUACAACACCGUGCCGUUGUCCCUGACGAGGUCACGCGAUGUCACGUCAAGAGCGUUUCACCAGAGACCAGGUUCUCCAACAGCUGUUCUCCUGGCGACAAUCCUCUGAACAGGUCCUCCGCUCUGCCCGUCGGGGUCCCUUACCCGGAUCCCACGACGCACGCGACAUCCGGCGUCAGCGACGCGGUCUCAACGUUCGGCCUGUUCGUCACGCCGACGGUAGAGAACAUCGUCCUGGAGAUGACUAAUCUGGAGGGUCGUCGGAAAUACGGCGACGGCUGGAAAGGGAUGGACGCGACCGACCUGCGCGCCUACGUGGGGCUGCUGAUCUUGGCGGGCAUGUACAGGUCCCGGGGCGAGGCAGCCGCCAGCCUGUGGGACGCCGAGAGCGGCCGCGCGAUAUUCCGCGCCACGAUGCCCCUGAAGGUCUUUCACACGUACUCCAGACUGCUGCGAUUCGACGACCGCGAGACGAGACACGAGAGACGCGCCUCCGACAAAUUGGCGGCCGUGCGAGAGGUCUGGGACGCUUGGGCGGCGAGGCUGCCGCUCCUCUACAACACGGGGCCCGAAGUGACCGUGGACGAGCAACUGGUUCCGUUCAGAGGCCGCUGUCCUUUCCGACAGUACAUGCCCAGCAAGCCGGCGAAAUACGGGAUCAAGUCGUGGGUGGCGUGCGACGCCAGAUCAAGCUACGCUUGGAAGAUGCAAGUCUACACCGGAAAGCCGAGCGGCGGGCGUCCGGAGAGGAACCUGGGGCUGCGGGUCGUGCUCGACCUCACGGAGGGACUGAGCGGGCGCAACGUCACGUGCGACAAUUACUUCACCUCCUACGAACUCGCGCGGCAGCUCCUGGAGAGGAACGUCACCGUGGUCGGCACGGUUCGGAAGAACAAGCCCGAGCUCCCGCCCCGGCUGCUCGCCGUCAAGGGACGAGCGGCGUUCUCCUCCGUGUUCGCCUUCACGCCCGCCGCCACUCUGGUGUCGUACGUCCCGAGGAAGAAAAACAGGAACGUGGUGCUCCUGAGCACGCGGCACUCGGAGGCCGACGUCAGCUACCGCGCGGACGGCAAACCGGUCGUCGUCCUGGACUACAACCGCAACAAAGGAGGCGUGGACAACCUGGACAAGGUGAUCGGAACGUACAGCUGCAGGAGGAUGACCGCGCGCUGGCCCCUGGUCGUCUUCCACAACAUCCUCGACGUCUCUUCCUACAACGCCUUUGUGAUAUGGCGAGAGGUCAACCCCGACUGGAUGCCGGGCAAGCGGAAAAAGCGCAGGGUGUUCCUUGAGUGGCUAGGAAAGGCUCUCGUGGCGCCUUACAUCGCGCGGCGGGAGCGCGUUCCACGCACCGAGGCGUCCGCCGCGGUCGUGAAGGCCGUGAAAGUGGCCGCGGCCGCCGCAGCCGCCGCCGAGCAGAGAGACGAUGACAGCGACCGAGACGACGCUCGGCCCGAGCGUCCGGCUGCCCCUCCGGCCCUAGUCCCGCAGCGACAAGAACAAAGACAGCAACAACGACAGCAACAGCAACAAUCCCAGGGUCCGGCCUCCAGUCUAGCCCUGGCCGUCGCGGCCGCCGCGGCCCCGCUCGCCGCGAAACAGGCUCGAGGACACGACGCGGGAAACCGGACAGGCCCGGCUCCGCGAGUCUCAGGGUCACGGGGACGCCGAUGGGAGAGACGGUCCUCAACGCGAGCGGCCGCGCAAGCCCCUCAGCGCGAGCCUUCGGGUCUCAGAGACCAAGGUCGAUGA